AUGGGUGGUGUGCCUACAUGGGUGAUGCUUUUCGAGCUGUCCUUGCACUGGCUGCUGUUUGCUGCGGAGAAGUAUUUCCUAGGUCCUUUCCAAUCACGGUCGAACUUGGUUGCAACAUUCGCGCUACCGCUGAUGUAUCUUCCGUUCAAGGGAAGAAGGGUGUUCGGCAUAGGUGCAGGCAUUGUGGUGCGCGUUAUGGGAGCUCUGAGUCUGUUCCUGGGUAGCUACCUGGUGGCGUGGAGAGGCUUGAUUCAAGCAGAGGCGAUCCAAGACAUAUUCUACCCGGUCGUUGCAUUCAUGUACAAGACCCUGGCAAAUCCGAUUGUUAAGCUUACUUGGCAGUAUUUCCCGGGGCGCGGCGACUGCUCGGCUCUGUGGUUGACGUCGGCGACCUCGACUGUGGCGGUCUCGUCGGAAGGCUUUUAUUACACCGGGUUGGUGCUCAUGCUCGCUAUCAGUCAGGGUACCGACUACGAGGUGGUUCGCCGCGGAGCAGUGUCCGUAGCUACGCACGCUGCUUUUGCCAUUUUGGGACGAUUCAAUGUGCCCGGUACAUGCUGGCUGUUGGUUCGGCGCUUGGUUUCUCGUCGACUUGGUUGGGAUGUACCCGAAAUUCGCGAGUGCGAUUCUCACAGGGAUCUACUCCUCCGCACAUCUUCGACAGCGACGGUUUUGUCUUGGGCUAUCAUGUUCUUGGCAUGUCUCCUCUACAUGCUUGCCUCCCUAUCGGCACACCUCACCUUCGGCUGUGCGAGGGCGAGCCCGACCUGCCGUUACCUUUUCAAGGCGCCCACCUACGUCGUGGGCUUCCUUGCAGGUUUCGGAAUGAUCCUGACAGAGGUGGUGGUCGCCUUGGGGAUGCGCUGGCUACGGCAACAAAAAGGGAACGAUGAAGGAGGGUGGACGCCCCUCGCGAUAGGUAAAGCCGUGAAUCAGCUGUCCCUACCGGGCAAAAACUGCCAGCCUUGCGCCACCGCACCGGCAGGAAAGAUCCCUGAUUCCAUCAACCAAAGCACUAGCGGUUUGCCGGGCUUCCUGUGCUUGAAUCCGCGCGACUGCGCCGCUCUCCUUGCCACAAACUUUGCACUGGCACUGAUAAUGGCCACUGUUGGGUCCCUCCUCAUCUUAGGCAUGCAGGAAGAGUUGCAAGCUUUGCUCGUGACAUGA